AAAAUGUAUAUAAAACUUCACCGACGCCAUAAAUGGAGAGGGUGAGAAGCACAACUCCAUGUGGAACCACAUGUUAUUGUUCUUCCUAAGCUUCUAACUCACCGUACAACCUAUACAUACAUAAAUGUCUUUGAGUAUGUAGGCUUCCGUACCUCUUUGAUUCUGUGUACUGCAUAGGACAUGAAGUAAUUCCACGCGGGUCUAUCCGUCUAUGGACUAUGGACCAUACUAUAUGUGUGUUUCAUUUCUAUUUUAGUUUUUUUUUUUUUUUAAGUGUAUACUAUGUGCCUUGAUAUAUACUAAUUAAACAGUAAUGAGAAAACGCGUUGUUUUAUGAUUAAUUUCAAUUGGAUACCCACAUCUAAUCAGUAGACUAAAACAGGUCAUUCAAAAAGAGUUUUGUCGUGAACUCGCAUAAAAUGUAUCUGUAGACUAAAUCGUAGGAGAAUGUAAUUUGAAUUGUAGCACCUAGAUCUCAAACUCUUAUAGAAAAUAGCAAUGAGUAAUGAACAUAUGGACAUGAAGCCUUAACUAAAUAUUCAGCUAUAUAUCAGAAACUUUUAAUGUCAACUGUCCCAAUCUUUUUCACUGAUAUAUUUGAAAUAUCCGAACCAAAUGGUAGCUGCUGUCAGAUACCAAGGCAUUAAUUACCUAACAUAGUAUAUAGUCUAUGUUUAGCAGCACUAUUUACUAUAGUAGAGUAUAUAGACUAUAGUGCUAAUUGCUAAACAUAUGUAUCUUGUAGUAUUCAAAUAUUGAUAUUUAGAUACUUAUUAUGGGUAAUUCUCCACGAAAGCUAAAUUGUUGUUACACACUGGAGCUAUGAACACAUAUUACUGGUGGUUUUCCUCUUUUUUGGGGUAAUGUUAUCUAAACAACUUCCACAAAAUUAAUAAGGAGAAAUAUUAUAUAUUCUCCAUAUGACGUCAGGUUUGGGUGACUUGGCCGCUCAUCUUCUGAGGCGGACACCGGGUAUGGGGCCAAUCUACCGGGUUCGUGCUCCUGGGCUUAAAGCGGCCUGUUUUAUUCAAUGGCUGCAUUAGGCAACUUUGCUUCCUCUCCCUUCAGUCAAGGCAAUGCUAUGUAUUCGAUGUUGUGCGUGGUUGGGGUCUCCUUUGUUUUUUCAAUCUCUGUUCUUUGUUGUCGUGUUUAGAUUUAAUUUUUCUGCAAAUCUGCUUCUUGUGAUCUUUGUAAAAUCUGUCUAAAAUGAAAAUGGUAAUAAACUUAACAUUUUUACCAAAAAAAGUUUUCUGUUACUUCUAACGAGAAAUAUUAUAUAUUCUCCUGCCACUACAAGAAAAAGUCUCUAUGCCGACAGUAAAAUUUAUUGGAAAUUCGUCGGAGUUCAUGAUUUCCGAGACGUUUCCGAUAAUCAAUAAUUGGUCGGAGUUUGAGCGUCGGAAAAUGACGUUCAUCGUCAGAUUGUCGGAAACUUAGCGACGAAAUUUUUUUCUCGGAUUAAUCUCGGAAAUGGUUGUCGGAAAGAGACGAGGCAUUCCCGACUAUGUUAUGAUCGACAAACAGGGUUGUCAAAAUGUUGACGGUGAUCUCCGAGAACUUGCCGACAAAUCCAAAAAAAAAUAAUUAAAAAAAAAUAUUUAUCGGAGCCGAGCCGAAGCCUAGCUCAACUAAACCACACCAAAGUCCCGGUUUAGUUUCCUAACCAUGACUGUGGCAGCAUAUACAUGUGUAUAUAACUAUAUAUAAGUUCAAAAAAAGAACAUGUGUAUAUAUAAACGAGAAAUCGGCCAAAAAAACACUGAACUUUGCGGGAAUUGCCAAAAGAAACCUGGACAUAUGGGCUAGCCAAUAAAAUCAUGAACUUUUGUUGACUUUUCGGGUUUAUUAAUAAACUUACGAUUGACUGACCAGAUUAACACACCGUUAACCGAGUUAACUGUUAAUUAAGCGGACGUUUAUUUUGGGUGUUAAAGUAUACGACGUCGUUUCAUCACUUUGUCUGAUUAAAGACAAACGACGUCGUUUAUAUAGCUGUGUUAUUAAAAAUAUGGGUUUCCUACGGCUCGAACUCGUGUACUCGGGUUUAAUGGUAGGGGUUUUUGCCACUGAGCUAGUGGACUUUGCGAUAGAUUUACGAACACAAUUUCUUUUAUUCUUCGAAUCCGAGUUAAAGACAAAUUAAUGAAACGACGCGUUUUAUAUUAACUUUUUAUUAAAAAGAUGGGGUUCCAUCGACUCGAACUCGUGCACUCGGGUUUAAUGGUAGGGGUUUUUGCCACUGAGCUAGUGGACUUUGCAAUGUAUGUACGAACACAGUUUCUUUUAUUCUCUUUGAAUCCGAGUUAAAUGAAUCAAAAAGAAACGACGGCGUUUUCUCCUCCGAUUGGUAUAAACCCUAAAUGGGCGAAAUCAUAAAUCCAGUUCGCGAUUCAAGCUCGAUUCUCUUCGAUCUCGUCCUUAAGAAUCUCGAUUCUCAUCUCUCCUUCUUCGAGUAUCGCAUGAUGAGUUCGGGUUGUGAGGAUUCGUCUGUGAAUACGAUGGGAAUUCGUGGUAUCCCGGAGCAAUGCGGCUGUGGUCGAAGAACUGGGAUAUACACAUCAAAAACGAAGGUCAAUCCAGGAAGAACUUUCUUUAGAUGCCCAACGUUUCAAAAUGAUCACUUGUAUAAAUGGGUAGAUGAAGCUGUCUACGAAGAGGUUCAAGAUGCAUUGCCAAAAGUUGAGUGCUUUGCAUCAGAUGUUAUGAAACUUAAAAUGGAGAUCGAAAGCAUGAAAACCGUGGAGGAAGAGUUGAAAGAAGAUGUCAGGAAGGCGAGCAAUGAACUUAAGAAGCUGAAUGUGAUCAUGAAAGUGGGUUUUUCGGUGGUUUGUUUAUGCGGUGUGAUAUGUCUUGUGUUGAUCAUAUUUUGCUUUAUCACCAAAAUAAAGACUCAAAUCUGUACAACCAACUUCCUCAAUGCCAGCAAUACCGUUCUCAUCUUCCCUACCAUCAUCACCUAUAUCCCCAAAUUCUUCAAUCUGGAGAAAUUCUUCUCUGUCAUCACCAUCAUCACCUAGACUCCUCUCCGAGUUUACCUUCUGCUUCUUCGAUUGUCUAGGAGACACAGGCGACCCGCCAUAUGAAGUUCCCCGCCUUGUCUUCUUCGCAACUGUUGAUGCCAACAUCUCAGUCUCUGGCCAUUCCUCUCUGUCAUCACCAGAAGGAGCCACAUUUACCUUCUGCUUCUUCGAAACUCUAGGAGACAGAGUUGAACCACGCCUCGUGGCCUUCACCGGAGAUGGCGACCCAUAUGAAGUUCCCCUCCUCGUGGUCUUCUCCGGAGAUGACGCAGGCGACCCAUAUGAAGUUCCCCGCCUUGUCUUCGACGCCUUCGACACCUCUGUAGAUGCCAACAUCGAUAUCCCUUCAACGCUUUUACGAAUCCUCGAUCUCUCCGGCGAUGACAAACUCACAGAAGCAUCGCGUUCUCCACCCUUCUUCGACUCUUGAACCGCUUCGUCACUCCCGUAAUCGAAAUUCCUCAUCGCUCCGAAAAUCAUUACCUCCCUUCCAUUCCUUGUGAACUUCGUCUUUACCAUCUCCUCACCAUUACAAGAAAAAUCCCCAAAUCGAUUUGAGAAAUUAGGGUUACGUUCAAACACGGGUUUCAUUUUGUUUGAUUGAAAUCAAACACAUCCUUUGAUCAAUAAAAAUAAACAUGUGUGAUAAUCUUCCGAAAAGUCCACUAGCUCAGUGGCAAAACCCCCUUAGGACCACGAGUGCACGGGUUCGAGUCCAGCUAACAACAAUUUUAAUUAAGCAAAACGACGUCGUCUUGAGAUUUUGUGUUUAACAAAACAACUGAAUGAAACGACGUAGUUUCACUAAACGGAAGUAAUUAACGGUGAGUUAACACUGUCUUAACUGUCGGUUAACGGUGUGUUAAUCUGGUUAGUCAACCGUAAGUUUGUGAAUUAACUAAAAAAGUCAACAAAAGUUCAUGAUUUUAUUGGUCAGGCUCGAGUACAUGUUUCUUUUGGCAAUUCCCGCAAAGUUCAGUGUUUUUUUGGCCGAUUUCUCAUAUAUAAACUCUAUAUAAUACAUUAUACAUAUAUACCACCCUUAUUGGAGAUUAGAAUCGGUUUACAAAAAUUGGAAUUUAAAAAACCAAAACAAAACCGGAUACAAGACCUUAGCCACCGAAGAAAAAAAUGCCGUCGUCCACCAGAUCUGCCACCGUGAAGCUCUAGCCGCCGCCGGAAUCAACGCUGCUAGGAGAAUAGUUCGUGGUGGAGGAGACAAUUUUGCAAGCCAACCCAUUCCUAACAGAGCCGCCGGUUUACUCCAUCAACAAACAUCCCCAAACCCGUCAGAUCUUCCAAACAAAUUUAUGUUUCUGUUGAGAGUUGAUUCCUUAAGUAAGUCCUGCAAGUGAAGAAGAUGAAUCAGUCAGAAUAAGAACAACGAAAUAAGACGAAGAUAAUCAAGUUGUAAGUGGAAGAAGAAGAAGAAGACAAAAGUCAGAACAACAAAACAGAGAAAAUAAAAUAGAGAAAAAGAGAGUUCGAGAGUAAGAACGAAAAGAGAUACAAACCUGAGGUCCUGAGCUAAAAUACAACAAAGUUUCCAGGGAGAUUUAAGAAAUGAAUGAACUCGAAAACCAACAAAAAUAUCACAUACCGAGAAAUUAGUGGGAUUGGUUGUCGUCGAUCUCGUCUCGGAAACGAUUACGAUGGUUUACCGUCAAUUUCUCCGACAAAUUUUUGAGGCUUCCUUGUCGUCGGUGAUUUCCGAGAGGAUAUCAACAAUUCUCCGAGGGAUGAAAUUUCUCGGAAACUUUUUUCUUUUAUACCCACAAAAUUCCGACGAUAUGAACUGACAGAGUUCCGACAAGUUCUGUUCAUCGGAAUUUACCGAGAACUUUCUGAUACAAUUGAUAUUUUCUCGGCAAUUUCUCACAAAGACCAAGCAAAUCUUCUGAUAAUUCACUUUCUCAGAAACUUUUGUCGGAGUUGGCGUUGUUUUCUUGUAGUGUGCGUUUAGACUUAUAUUCACUUAUUAGAGAAUUUUCAAGGGUAAUUAAAAAAUAAAGUUCUAAGGGCAUCUCCAACCCUACUCCAUUUUCAACUUCAAACAUCAUUAUGGAGUAAAAUCUUCUCUAACCCCACUCCAUUUUCAACUCCAAAAUGAAGUAAUGGCUAGGAUUACUCCAUUUAUGGAGUAAUAUUACCCAUUACUCUAUUUUGGAGUUGAACUUUUUUUAUUCAUAAAAUGGUCUUUUCAAUCUUUAAUAUUUUUAUUUCUUACUUAAAUAAUAUUUAAAAUGAUACAUUAACAUGAAAAUAGUAUAUUACACAAAGGAUUAUUUAAUAAUUUUAAAUAAAUAAUGAAAAUAACAGAAAAAUAAAUAAUAAAAUAAAAAUAACA